AUGUCUCUGAUUGCAGGAACUUGGGAUCUCAAUGUUGCUACCUCGGAGGCAGCUGAGAGUCACUUCAAAGAAGAACAGCAUGAGGAAUCCGUGUUUGAAGAUCUCGACGAUAAUCGCAAGCCAGUUCCUCUUGAUGAAAUUCAGAAAGACACUGGCAAGUACCGAUCUAUUGUCAAGCUCUUCAUGCGCUAUGCGGGCCAGAAAGCUGAUGACGGCCGGUAUGCCAUGGGCACCGGCUGGUUGGUCGAGCCUGACAUUCUCGUGACAGCAGGCCAUUGUGCUUUUGAUUGGAGCCAGAAUAACGGCGAGGGUUUUGGACGUGCUGUCGAAGUCAAGGCCUACAUUGGUUACAAUGGCAAAGCCUCCGUAACCAAAGAGGCACUCGAGAAGGGGGAAGUCCAGUUCCGCCAUGGUGUCAAAAUUGUCACCACUCAGAAAUGGUUGGACUCCGGGAUGUUUCGCCAGAAUGACGUUUCUUUCAUCAAGCUCAACAAGCCCUUUACUGGAGUUACCAGGUUUAAUUUCAAGGAUACACCCAUGCAAGGCAGUGAGGCUAUUGGCGUUGUUGGAUAUCCGGGCGAUAAAGACUACAAAGGUGAAAAAGGGGCCCAGAUGUACGAGGAGUUCCGCGACGUCACCUGGGACCUCAAAAAAUCGUCUUUGAACAUGCUGGAGUAUCGUAUCAACUCCUACGCAGGCCAGUCCGGAUCCCCGGUCAUUCUGAAAGGAGCCUCUAAGGGAGUGGUGCAGACAUCCAUCGGAGCCCAUGUUUAUGGAGGAGGUAGCAAGAACUGCGCGAGCACAAUUGGACAACUUGGAAACCCAUACAUGAAGUAUCUCUCCGUCUUUACUACAGAAGACCCCAAGGAAGCCAAGUCACUCCAGCCCCGCUCGGGUGUCAAAUACGUCGACAUGGGCAGCCUGACGGAGGAUAGCUUCGGUGAAGAAGAAGACUUUUGGCAGACCAUGAAGAGCGUAUUGGAUGUUGGGGCUCCUCUUGUGGGUGGUGCUCUCAAGAUAGCGAGCCCUUUCUUCGGCCCCAUUGGAGGUCCUUUGGCUGCGUUGGCUGGCACAGCCCUUGGUGCCGCCGGGAAAAAGCUCGAAGCCGAGAGUGAGUUCGACGAGCCCAAAAAGCAGCCCAGUAAGCAGCCCAGUGUGAUCCACCAGGCUAUUAUGAACGAAGCUUGUCUUCAGGCCCUCUUCCACACCCCGGUGCAGAAUGGAGAGUUCCGCAAGGAACUUAAUACAAAGGUAUACGACGAAUACCGCAAGCGCGCCACAGCAGCCGAGGUAGUGUCGCCGAAGGUCCUGCCAGCUAUCAUGGCCUCUGUUUUUCCAAUCUCUCAAGACAUCGUUCGGCAAGCUCUAGCUGGAAAGCCCGAAGCCGACCUUGGUCCGAGCGAAAAAAUCAAGCCAAUUAAAAUGCCGAAGUCGUAUGAGAGCAUGGGCGACAGUCUCGCGAAACGCAUCCUCGACGCCCCCAGCACGCAACCCGUUGAGGAGAGCAUUUGGGAUAUUUUUGGCACUGUCUUGUCUGCUGCAAACAAAACCGUCAAUGUCGUCCAGCAGGGUUUAGAUGUGGCCAACAAGCUGCUUCCUCCAAAGACCGAAAGUUCCUUCGACGAAUCCACGCCACUCGAUGCAGACUUGACUGUUCUAGGCAAGAGGGCUGUGCUUAGUGCUGCAGUUGCCACUGUCCUUCAGGACGCUCCUCUGGACAAACUCCAAGCCGAAGGCCUUUUUACCACCAUCAAGGAUGCAGCAGCUAAAUAUGGACCCACUGUUAUCAAGUACGGUCCUGUCGUCAUCGACGCUCUGCGACCUGUCGUUAAGGCCAUUGCCGAUGACCAAACGCGUGGCGAACCUGUCAGACCCCCUGUUGUGAAACCUAGAACCCCUGAGACCGGCAAGUCCCCGUACGAGACUAUGUACGGGACGGGGGGGCCAGAUUUCCUCGCAGGAGAAUGUCCCCAAUGGUAA